UAUUUUCUACUCUUAUAGUUUCCUUUGGGACAUUAAAUGGGACAGAUAAUCCUAGCCGCGAUCACUGGAAGGUGGUAGAGAGAGUAGUACCGUGGAAAUCUAUAGUUUCCGAAACGUCGUAACCCAGCAACGGAUUGUAACGCUGUAAACAAAUGUUCGAGCACCGGGGAGAUUUCAUUUCGGAACUCCGCAGCGGCGGCGACCGCGCCAGGAAAUGCCAGAUACAAGGGAACCAUUCCCUUUCCCAAAAUAUGAAAACGACGAUGAUUUUAGAGGCCGGCAAAAGGAAAGUCAGAGUUUUCAGUAUCAAAAGCCAACCCAUUUAGCACAACAGGAGGACCCAUGGAACCGCCUACAUGCAACUGCAACUGUGGCAAGUGCCAGCAAAGGAAUUUACCUCUGUAAUCCUAAGGCACCAAAAGACAGUCUGGAUAUUCAUCUUAGUGCUAUUUAUGACCAUUCAAACGAGUUUCUGAAGCAUAAAAAUGAGGUGCUUCUUCAAAAAUCAACUUGUGAUCCUCAGAGUGGCUGUUGGUUGAGUUCCAAUGAACAAGAACCUGAAGAAGUGUUUCGUCGGAAAAUAGCUAAGGACAGAGUGCAGACAGAUGUUUGUGGUUGUGUGCCCGAACACACAGGAACCGGUGGUAUUUACUUGCAAGCAAGAUCUCCCCCAAGACUUUGGAUUUCACCAACAAAAUCAUCCGUUCAUAGCAUUGAUGGAGCAAUAACAAGUCAACACACUGCUGCCACCAGUGGAGGAUAUUCCAGAAAAAUAGAUGGUGGCUUCUUUGCAAUCUGAAAUAGAAGAUAUUUCUGCUCAAUACUGUACUAGGAUUUUGUUGAGCGUUUGUUCUUUAUUAUCAACAACUCAUUGCAAUAUAAAGAACUAGCUGUAGCAAUACUGUGAAGUAGCAUCUUAAUAAUGUAAUAAUAGAAUUAAAUCACUGGAAAAAACAUAAUGUUGUCUAAUGAAAUUAUUACCUUUAGACUUUCUUGGGUGAAUUCCUAGACAUUGCUCUAGCAUGGCGGUG